AUGGAGGAGAUAAACAGACGAGAAGCCUACUCGCUGUUGAUGAUUUGUACAUCUGAAAUGGGUGUAUAAUGUUUGUUGGGCGCAGUUUUGCUCGUCGCGUUUGUUGACGUGGCUGUUGUUACAUUGAAACUACAUUUUGAAGGGGAAAGCUAAUGGUUGUGUCAACAUGGACCGUGACCUAAGUCCCCAGGAUAAAAAGGACUUGGACAAGUUCAUUAAGUUCUUUGCCCUGAAGACCGUUCAGGUGAUAGUCCAAGCCCGUCUCGGAGAGAAAAUCUGCACUCGCUCUUCCUCAUCACCUACAGGCUCUGACUGGUUUAAUUUGGCCAUUAAAGACAUACCAGAGGUGACCCAUGAAGCCAAGAAGGCUCUGGCCGGGCAACUUCCCGGCAUCGGACGCUCCAUGUGUGUUGAGAUCUCCCUGAAGACAUCAGAGGGCGACUCAAUGGAGUUAGAGACUUGGUGCCUGGAGAUGAAUGAAAAGUGCGAUAAGGACAUCAAGGUGUCUUAUACGGUGUACAACCGUCUGUCUGUCCUCCUGAAGUCUCUGCUGGCCAUCACCAGAGUCACACCUGCCUAUAAACUGUCCAGAAAGCAGGGACACGACUAUGUCAUAUUAUACAGGAUCUACUUUGGUGAAGUCCAGCUGAGUGGAUUAGGGGAAGGUUUCCAGACGGUGCGCGUCGGUGUCGUUAGCACCCCUGUGGGCACAGUCACACUUUCAUGUGCCUACCGCACCAACCUGGCAUUCAUGUCUAACAGGCAGUUUGAGCGAUCCGCUCCCAUCAUGGGAAUCAUUGUGGAUCACUUUGUGGAUCCUCCCUGCAGCGGCCAGCGUCCUGCGACUAUGGGACACCCCUGCAACUACAGAGCUCCAGAUGAGGAGGACGGAUUUGCAGGAGUUCAGGAUUCGCAGGAGGUCUGCACCACCUCCUUCUCCACCUCCCCUCCCUCCCAGUGUGUGUGUACACUGAGUCCAUCUCCUUCCAAACUGUCUAAGCCCCUCCCCCUGGGCAGUCUGCAGCUUCCACUGGCUCCUGGACUUAUCACUCACACUCUUUAUGCUUCCAGAUUAUCCUACCAGCCUGCUGCUCUGGCAGGAGCUGAUCUCUGUCACCCCGCUGCCAAUCCAAACCAGGUAUUGCAUGCUGGGAAGGAGGGCGGGGUUUUGCUGGUUCCUGCCUAUCCUCCUCAUGGAGCAGACGCUCAUCUGACAGUCGAGCAUGCCCCCAACACACCUGGCAGCAGCGGUGAUGGCGACGGUCUGUCGCAGAGUGAAGAUGGAAGGAGGGAUGACGGGAGGAGGAGUGCUUCUCCCACCGACCCAGUGGAGGCUCUCAACGCAUUCACAAGGAAAGUCGGAGCCUUUGUCAACAGACCCGUCACACAGAUAACAGCAGCGAGUCUGGACCUUCCAUUUGCUGCAUUUGCUCCUCGAGGCCUGGGCUCGGAGGAGAAUGAUCCCAUGGUGCAGCCCCCAGACUCCCCUCCCUGUCCGUCCCCCCUGCAGGCCAGCCUUCACUCUCAGGGCUCAGAGGGAUCAGGGCCGCAGGACGAUUUCGUCAUGAUCGACUUUAGACCUGCCUUUUCUAAAGACGACUUGUUGCCGAUGGAUUUGGGUACCUUCUACAGAGAGUUUCAGAAUCCUCCACAGCUGGCCAGUCUCUCACUACACAUCAGCUCACAGUCGAUGGCCGAUGACCUGGACUCGCUGCCAGAGAAACUUGCCGUCUACGAGAAAAACAUUGACGAGUUUGACGCUUUUGUGGACAUGCUCCAGUAGAAGAGGAAAAGGCAGACAGGAGAGGACUACAUGUGAGAACAGACGGGCAGACACGCUGGAGGCUCUUUAGUUGUUAGUCCUGUGAGACACUCAGACCAAAUCACCACGUUCUGAUAUGAAGCUCCUCGUUUCUGACGUUUUCCUCUCACCUUCCCAUCCGGCACGCUCACCUCACUGCUCCACAUGUCGUCGUCUUCACUGUAAAUACUGUAAUAUUUCCUCUGACACCGGCAUCUCUCCCCACUCUUCGGUCUGGUAGUUAUAAUUCAAACUGAAAAAUCUGUUUUGUGGCAAAAAAAUGCUCUUGUUAAAUCAGAAAUUCAGAUGAGGACACUCAAGCUUUUAAUUAACUGUAGUUCAGUAUAAUCUCUCCUUUACGCCACCGCCUUCCUGAUCACAUCGGAGCUGAAAGAUGAGCGACGUUUCUGUAGAAAUCAAAUCAAUAUUGUUUGUGUAACAGACUUCGGAAAAAGGCUUUUUUUUCUUCCAUCAUUGAAAAUACUGAAAAGCUGGUCUUGGCAGAAAAAAAAAAAUCAGUUGACGCUAAUCGUGUGAUGUGAAAUUGACAGUUUCAAAAGCAACAAGCCUCAUUUAUUUGCUCCCAGCUGGACUGGGGAUUUAAACUUCCUACUGCAAUGCCAACGGAUUCUAAAGUGAAUUGACUACAGCCCUUGUACGUGCAGAGUGGAUACACAUAUUCCAAUUCGAUUUGUUUUGGAGCUACGCUCUGUUGCCUGUUAUAUGAAAACUUGUCUAAAACAAAUUCAACAGCCCUGCAAUCAAUCCUAACUUAAUGAAUUAGUAAAUGAUGAGAUAUUAGAAUCACCUCUUUAUAACAAAACCAUUUAAUGGAACUAAACAUUCAAGUCUUUGCAGGACUGUUGCAUUUGUUUUGAGUUAACUACUAAACUGGCAGCUCUGCACUUUAAGAAGUCAGUUAAACAUACAUAUGUAUAUUUUGGGAUAAACAUUUCCUGCUGUCUACAGAAGGCACCAGGUCACCAUCCAUGAAUUGUUUGGUUGAAAAGCUUUAAACAUUUGCUGUUGGUCUCGGUGUCCUAAUAAAAGCAUGGUUGCUGUUAAAACAA